AUGUCGUCCAAAAAUAAUCAAAGCUUGCUGAAAAUUUCAUUUUUUUUAUUAUUUUGUUUUUUGGCGUUUUACACUGUUUGGGACAACUUUUCAAUGUAUUCUAUUGAAGAAAAAAUUUUAAAGAGUAAAAAUUUGGUGAUAUCAAUUUUCAAUAAACAAAAAGUUGCAACAAAAAUUUUACCACUUAACGAGACAAAAUUAGUUUCCAUAGCCAGUGAUGUUUUCAACGGCAGAAGAUUGGGUAACUUGAUGUUCGUUUUAGCUGCUCUCUUUUACGUUGCUGAACAUUCCAACAGAACGGCAGUUCUACCAACCGAUAUUCCAUAUGGAUGGAUCGAUAAAUAUUUCAACGAUUCAACGUUACCAAGAUUGCCAAAUAAUUUUCUCUACGACAAAAAUCGAUCUCAGGUUUUAAGAGAACGGUUUUCACCGGUUGUUUUUGAUCCAAUUUUUAGCUAUCCUCAUUUUGACCCUAAGAUAAAAAACACCCAGAUAAUACUGAUUAGUGGAUAUUUUGAAAGUUACUUAUACACUGUGGGAUACGAGAGCAAAUUAAAGCGUAACUUCUCCUUCAAGCAAAAAACCCUUGAAGUCGUUGACAAGUUUAUUGAGGAACUUAAGAGCAACAUCACAUCUGAAUAUCCAAUAAAAACUGUUGGAAUGCACAUAAGGAGAGGUGAUUUUAUAACGUCUGGAUACACUGUGGUUGAUGUGGAGUACAUAAACUACACAACCAAUUACAUCUACAAAUUAUUCAACAAAAAUUCUAAAUCGUUCAUCAUCUAUUUUUUGUGCAGCGAAGAUACAAAAUGGGUAAAUGAAACUAUUAGGAAUUUAACAUCAACUCAAGCUUUAAAUAACACAAAAUUUGUAAUUUCGGAAAAACAUGAUGCUCUCUUCGACAUGUGCUUGAUAUCGAAAAGUGAUGCAGUUAUCACGUCAACUGGAACAUUUUCGUGGUGGUCUGGCUGGUUGGCCAACACAACUACCUUCUAUUACAGCAAGUAUCCCACGAAGAACACGGCGCUUGGAAAAUUUUACUAUAACCCAACGUGGAUUGGUUAUCCUUAA